GUUAGCUGAAUGAAUGAGAGGAGAGAUAAAAAGACAAAAAGACAACAACUUUAGUCUAUAAUUUCCUGUAAACAUUAGAAAAUAUAUUCCUAACGUAUUAUUGGAGAUAUUUAUUAGAACCCAACCCAAAUGUGUUGAGAAAGAUGAAGCUCUUCUUCUGUGCAAUUGUGCUGCUGUGGGCAUCCUCCGCGGACUGCCAGCAAAGAGGUCUCUUCCCUGCCAUCCUCAACCUGGCCAGUAAUGCAGAGAUCACCACCAACGCCACCUGUGGAGAGCCUGAGCCAGAGAUGUACUGUAAGCUGGUGGAACACGUACCAGGACGACGCAUCCGCAACUCCCAGUGUAGGACCUGUAACGCCCAGAGUCAAAACCCCAAAGAGCAACAUCCAAUCACCAAUGCUAUUGACGGCACCAAUGGGUGGUGGCAAAGCCCAAGCAUAAAAAAUGGCCGCCAGUUCCACUUGGUGACCAUCACUCUGGAUUUACGACAGAUUUUCCAGGUGGCCUACAUCAUAAUCAAGGCAGCCAACUCCCCUCGUCCCGGUAACUGGGUGCUGGAGCGUUCAAUGGACGGUGUGGAGUACACACCCUGGCAGUACUACGCCAUCAGCGACACAGAAUGUCUGACCCGCUACAACAUCACCCCCCGCUUCGGACCCCCCACCUACAAACGAGACGACGAGGUCAUCUGUACCUCCUACUACUCACGUCUCGUACCCCUGGAGCACGGAGAGAUCCACACGUCUUUGAUCAACGGGCGGCCCAGUGCUGACCAACUGACCCCAGAGCUGCUAGACUUCACCUCAGCCCGCUACAUCCGGCUGCGCCUGCAGAGGAUCCGCACGCUCAACGCCGACCUCAUGACCCUCAGCUACCGUGACCCUAAGGAGGUGGACCCCAUCGUCACCAGACGGUACUACUAUUCCAUCAAGGACAUCUCAGUGGGCGGGAUGUGCAUCUGUUACGGCCACGCCCAGAGCUGCCCCUGGGACCCCGUUGCCAAGAAGUUGCAGUGUGUGUGUGAGCACAAUACGUGUGGGGAGAGCUGUAAUGAGUGUUGCCCCGGCUACCACCAGGAACCGUGGCAACCGGGAACCCUCUCCAACGGCAACACAUGCGAGAAAUGUAACUGCCACAACAAGGCCGAGGACUGCUAUUACAACCAAACUAUGGACGACCACAAGAUGAGCAUGAACUCGCAUGGACACUUCCAUGGCGGGGGUGUGUGUAUCGAUUGUACCCAGAACACGGCCGGUGUCAACUGUGAGACCUGCGCAGAUGGCUUCUACAGACCCCACGAGGUGUCGCCCUACAGUGAGAACCCAUGUGUGGAGUGUGGCUGUGAUAUGAGGGGGUCUUUGACUCCUGCCUGCAUCAGAGAUGACAACCACGCCAAGCUGGAGAAAGGUCUGAACCCAGGGCAGUGUCUGUGUAAAGAGGGUUUUGUGGGUGAGCGCUGUGAACGCUGUGCCUUUGGCUACAGGGACUUCCCCCUGUGUUCACGCUGUGAGUGCAGUCUGGAAGGCAGCCUCAACAUCGACCCCUGCACAGAGUGCAUCUGCAAGGAGAACGUGAUGGGGGCCAACUGUGACCUGUGUAAGCAGGGUUUCUACAACCUGGAGGACCGUAACCCUGAGGGAUGCACAGAGUGUUUCUGCUUCGGUGUGUCUGACGUGUGUGAGAGUUCACCCUGGUCUUUGUUUCAGACUGUUGACUCCAAUGGAUGGCUCCUUCCUACCCAAAGCGUCUCCAUCUACACGGCACCCCUCACUGAUGACGACAACAACCUCAUUGUCCCCAGCAUCACCAUGAUCCAGUCGUACCGUUUUGUGUCUACCUGGGCCGCUCCGGAGGGCUUCCUGGGGAACAGGCUGACAUCAUAUGGAGGGCUUUUAAACUACACUGUGGCCUAUGAUGUUUCUGUGGACAAUGUGGACAAUUCUCUGCCAUCACAGUUUGAUUUGAUUAUUGAGGGGAACGGGAGAACCCUGCGUCAGACGCCCCCCAAGCAGCUCUUCCUGACGCCCCUGCGGGAGCAGCUUGUUUCCGUGGAGCUCCUACCGCAGGGCUUCGUAGACCUACACACAGGCCAGAGGGUUGACAGGGACGAGCUGAUGACCGUAUUGGCGGACUUGGCCGGACUGAGGAUCAGAGGCCACCUCAAUGCCAGCGCAGAGGGGGCACUCAGGUUGAGCACUGUAUCUCUAGACAUGGCAGACAUCAGGGCUGCUAACCCAGUCCAGGCCCGGGACGUGGAGCAGUGUGAGUGCCCCUGGGGCUACUUGGGCACAUCCUGUGAGUUCUGUUCAUCUGGAUUCUAUCGCGUUGGCGGGAUCCUGUUCGGAGGUAACUGUCUCCAGUGUGAGUGUAACGACCACGCUACAGAAUGUGACAUCAACGGAGUCUGUCUGGACUGUACAGACAAUACCACUGGGCCCCACUGUAACCAAUGCCUUCCCGGUUACUAUGGCGACGCCUCAGAGGGCACCCCAGAGGACUGCCAGAGAUGUGCCUGCCCGCUGAUAGUGGCGACGAACAAUUUCAGCCCCACCUGUCUCCUGGAGGGCCCUGGGCAGGUGACAUGUGACCAGUGCCAGCAGGGCUACACUGGGACUAAGUGUGAGAGGUGUGCUAAUGGUUACCAUGGCGACCCGACUGUGGCAGGCAAGGAGUGUGUGCUGUGUGAGUGUAACGGAAACGUGGACCCCUGGGACCCGGGCCACUGUGACACCAGCAGCGGUGUGUGUCUGAAGUGUCACAGCCACACCAGCGGAGACGACUGUGAGAGGUGUGAGGACGGCUACUAUGGUGACGCCAUCACUGCCAAGAACUGCCAGGCUUGCAGUUGCCAUGGAAAUGGGUCAUACUCGGCCAUGUGUGACCUGCUCACUGGACAGUGUACCUGCAAACCCAACGUAGUGGGAGAGAAGUGUGACCAGUGUCAGGUGGGCUUCCACAGUCUUCUCAGUGGACAGGGGUGCAGAGACUGUAACUGUAGCCAAUCAGGAUCUGUGUCCACAGCAUGUGAGGAGGAGGGGCGGUGCCAAUGCAUCCCAGGGGUGGCGGGGGACAAAUGUGACCGAUGUUACCAUGGUUACUUCAACUACCAGGACAGAGGGUGUACACAGUGUGAGUGUGCCCACACCCACGGAAACUGUAAUGCGACGACAGGCAAGUGUAUCUGCCCUCCCCACACCAUAGGAGAGAAGUGUGAGUUGUGUGAGGAAGGUCACUGGGGUCACGACACUGUGGCAGGUUGUAAGUCAUGUGAUUGCAGUGAGGCGGGCAGUUCUGCCACCCAGUGUGACCUCACCAAUGGGCAGUGCCUGUGCCGCCCGGAUUUUGCCAGGCAGAAAUGUGACCAGUGCACCAUGGGCUACAGGGGCUACCCAGAAUGCACGGCGUGCAACUGCAACAUCAACGGCACCAGAGAGGAGUUCUGUGAUAAGGAACUGGGCCUGUGCAGCUGUGAGGCCCCAGGGAACUGUGUGUGCAAGGACAAUGUGGGCGGAGGAGGCUGUGAUGAGUGUAAGAAGGGAUCCUUCGGCCUAUCCGGUCCUAACCCGGACGGCUGCAGCCCCUGUUUCUGUUUCGGAGUCUCCUCAGACUGCGAGGAGCUCGGUGGGAUGGUCCGUGUACCGAUCACACUGGGGUCUGACCCAGAGCUGCUGCAUGUGGUCAGUCAGCGUGACCCCCAGGGCAGUGUGGAAGGGGUCUACUACCAGGCCUCAGAAAUGCUGCUGGACACCAGGGAGAAAGAAAACAUCACACUGCCUGGACCCUACUACUGGAGGCUUCCCAAACACUACCAGGGAAAUAAGUUGUUGUCGUAUGGAGGGAAGCUGUCCUACAUGGUGGCGUUCUAUGCUCUGGACGGGGCUGGCCUGGCCAACUACGAGCCUCAGGUCCUGAUGAGGGGGGGUCAUCUGGGAAAGAAGGUCAUCUACAUCGAUAUGCCUGCCCCUGACAACAGGGUCAAAACACAUCAGGACGUCCCACUGACGGAGCACAAGUGGAAGUAUUUCAACUCUGUGUCAGAGAAAGCUGUGAGUCACUCCGACUUCUUGGCGGUCCUGAGCAAUAUCGAGUACAUCACCAUCAAGGCCUCGUAUGGUACAGGGUUGCAGCAGAGCAGAAUCUCCAAUAUCACCAUGGAUACGGCCCUAGAGGCAGAGGAGGGGUCAGAGGGUUUGGAGGUGGCAUGUCUGAUAGAGACCUGCGAGUGUCCAGCUGGCUACGCUGGACUGUCCUGCCAGGAGUGUUCCCCCGGCUACUACCGCCAACCAGUGACUGAUCUGAACCUGCGGGGGAAGAGACCCCUGAUCCAGCCCUGCGUGCCUUGCCAGUGUAACAACCACAGCCAGGCCUGUGACCUGGACACGGGAGAAUGUCUGGGCUGCCAGCACAACACAGCAGGCGAGCACUGUAACGUGUGCGGCUCUGGGUACUAUGGGAACGUGAAAGGCUCCGUCAGUGACUGCUCUCUGUGUGCCUGCCCCCUCAAAGAGAACAGCUUCAGUCCUACCUGUGCAAUGGAGGGAGUGAUGGGAGACUUCCGCUGUAACGCCUGCAAGCCUGGUUAUGAGGGACGCUACUGUGAGAGGUGUUCAGUGGGUUACUAUGGGAACCCGUCUGGUCCAGGAGGGAAGUGUGAGGCGUGUCAGUGUAGUACUGCAGGUUCUCUCCAUCUGGUGUGUGACUCUCUGAAGGGCCAGUGUGAAUGUAAGGCCGGUGUCAGGGGACAUUUGUGUGACCAGUGCGAGGCGAGACACGUCCUGGACGAGGACCAGUGUGUCUCGUGUGAUGAUGAGUGUACGGGGGUCCUCCUGGAUGACCUGGAUGCAUUAGAGAGCUCCUUCCUGUCUGUCAACCUGACCGGGGUCAUCCUGUCCCCCUACAGCACACUGGUCAGCCUGGAGAACGACACACGAGAGGUCAAGAAUCUGAUGUCUUGGGAAAGUAGCCCAGCAUAUCACCUGAACAGGGUGGAGGAACACUUGACAAAUCUCACCCAGGACAUAGACGGACUGCUACGGCAGGCUACAGGGCUGUCUGCUGAUGGAGAGGAAGUGGCUCAGUCCACAGAGAACAGCGUUACCCAGGGGGCCAAGUUUCUGGAGUACAUCACCACCAUUCACACUGCCAUACAAGUCCUGGCGGAGGAAGCUGCCGGUCUGAACAGGACAGAGAACUUGGAGAAGGACGAGGCUAACAGCACACGUCUAUGGGAGCAGGUGGCGGCCAUGUUGGAAACCAUCAAAUUAGUCAACCUAUCCCAGGCCAACGCCAGCGUCUCUACAGAACUCAGUGCUACCGAGGCUCUCCUCCAGAGGGUGCUGGAGGACCUUCUGGAGCCCCAGGGGGCGAUAGAGUCCCAGAUCCUCAACAUCUCUAACACCCUGACUGAACACCACCAACAGCUAGAGGAUGCCCAUGCCCUACUGAUGACUGCCAGGGAGAACAACAACCACACACACACCCUGCUGGGGAGCAUCUACAUCAACCUGCCAGAGUACCAGGGUCUGAAGCAGAAUGUGAGCCGGCUGAACCAGACAGCAGAAACCCAACUAGAGGAGACUCAGGACAUCCUGGCUGAUGCUGUCAAUCUAGCAGAGGACAUGAGCAACGGCACCUCUCAGCUGGAGGGGGCCAAGGACCAGCUGGAGCAGUGGAACCCCAUGUUGAGGAAGCAUGUGGACACUCUGGUGAUGGAGCUGAGGAAGAAAGAUGCUCUGGAGCUGGUCUACAAGGCUGAGGACCACGCCCGGGAACUCAGCAAGAAGGCCCAGGGUCUGCAGAGCUCUCUAAUGGAGGUGAUGAAUACCACUCUGAACGCCACCAGCGCAGAGCAUGGCGACUCUAACAUCAGAGCUAACGUCCAGCCUGCAGAGGAGAUGGCUAACCUAGCCAACCUGACCGCUACUAUGGCCCUCAAUAUGAUUGUCCAGCCAGAGGAGUCUUUCACUGAUCUGGGAUCUGAGGCUGUGCAGCGUAGUGAGAAGAUUCUGGCCGAGAGUCUAACCCUGAGAAACAGCACUGAGGGUCUCCUGGCUAACAUCAGUGAUGUGACAGAUAGAAUGGCCUUGCUGAAAGAGAAACUCUGUAACACCAGCCGUCUCAUCCCAGAGCAAGGCGCCCUGCUCCACAGCCUGCCCAACGGCACCAGUGAGCAGGUGCUGGACGCCAAGGAGCAGGUUGCCUUGGCCAACACUUCCCUACAGAGGGCGCUGGAGCGCCUGGAGGAGCUUCGGGUCAGACUGGAGAAGUCCAGCACGGCUGUGGCCCAGGCCAGAACCAGCAUCUCCAACACCAACCAGCUGUUCUCCGACUCACAAUCCACUGCCAGUACAGCGGAGUCUAAGCUGAAGGAGGCAGAGAGUCGUACAGAGAGACUGUAUGACCGUCUCAAACCCCUCAAGACCCUGGGGGAGAACCUGAGCAGAAACCUGUCUGAGAUCAGAGAGAUGAUCAACCAGGCCCGCAAACAGGCUGCCUCUAUCAAGGUGGCAGUGCUGGCAGACAAAAACUGUGUGAGGGCCUACACACCUGAGGUAUCCUCCAGUAACUUCAACACUCUUACCAUGACCGUCAAGACCAGUGAGCCUGACAACCUGCUCUUCUACAUGGGCAGCAGCUCCAGCGUGGACUUCAUGGCGGUGGAGAUGCAGCACGGCAAGGUGGCGUAUCUGUGGGACGCGGGUUCAGGCCACGCCAAGCUGGAGUACCCCGACGUCCAGAUCAACAACAACAAGUGGCACCACAUCAACGCCACGCGCUUUGGGAGGCACGGCACACUGUCAGUCCACCAGCUGGAGUCAGAACCCCUGCCCGCGGUCAAGACCACCUCACCAGGCUCCGCUACGAUCCUGGAAGUCAACAAGUCCACCCUGAUAUUUGUUGGUGGCCUGGGAGGCCAGAUCAAGUCCUCUGUGGUGAAAAUGACCCAGUUUAAGGGCUGUAUGGGGGAGGCGUCGCUCAACGAGAAGAACAUCGGGCUGUGGAACUACGCUGAGAGGGAGGGCCAGUGUCGCGGCUGCUUCAUGAGUCCGCAGACAGAGGAGACGUCCUUCCACUUUGAUGGCAGUGGUUACUCAGUGGUAGAGAAACCCCUCCGCUCCACCUCCACCUCCAUCGUCAUGCUGUUCAAGACCCUCUCCCCCAACGGCCUGCUGCUCUACCUGGCCUCCAACGGCACGAGGGACUUCCUGUCCAUUGAGCUUGUGGAGGGCCAAGUGCGUCUGACCUUUGAACUGGGCUCUGGCCCUCUGACCCUCACCUCCAACAAAGCCUACAACACCGGCAGCUGGUACAAGAUCACCCUGCAGAGGAACAAACGCAAAGUUUAUAUGGCGGUGAUGGCGGCAGACAACUCAUCAGAGAAAGAGAUCAUGGAGGCGGAGUCUCCUGGGACCGCCUCCGACCUCAACCGCUCCGACCUGGACCCAAUCUACAUCGGGGGACUGCCCAUGUCUCGCCCUAUCAGGAGACAAGUAGUAGCACGGUCCUAUGUGGGCUGCAUAAAAAACAUGGAGAUUGCCCGCUCCAACUUUGACCUGCUCCGAGACUCCUAUGGUGUCAAGAAAGGCUGUGUGUUAGAGCCCAUCCGCAGUGUGUCUGUACUGAGAGAGGGCUAUGUGGAGUUGCCGUCUGUGUCUCUCGACCCCCAAGGGGAGCUGUUGGCCUCCUUCUCUACCCGCAAUGACACUGGCAUAAUCCUGGCAGGCUUCAGCAAGGCAGGCACCCGCAAAAGCAGACAGGCUCGCCAGCCCUUCCUGGCAGUCAUGCUGAUUUCGGGGCGCUUGGAGGUUCAUGUCAACAUGGCAGAGGGCGGGAGCGUCCACAAGGUUGUGGUCAAAUCACGCUCUGGGAGUUUCAGUGACGGACAGGAGCACUCGGUCAUCUUGCAGAGGAACAGGAAGAUGCUGGUUGUACUAGUGGAUGAGGACCACCAGGAGAUGGUACGUCUGUCCUCGGAGAAGGCCUCUCUGACCCUCACCUCUCUGUACAUGGGCGGAGUCCCACCAGCAGAGGGCGCCGGGCUGCUCCGAACCACCUCCUCCUUCUACGGCUGCAUCAGGAACAUGGCCCUGGACUCCAAGUUGUUGGACCUGUCAGCUGCUGUGAGGUACCACAACGUGGACAUGGACAGCUGUCUAUUGGAGGAGAGGCCUAAAAGGGUCCUCCUACCUGAUGACACUGACCUAGAUGCCGAGCCCACUCCGGACCCUGCCAGAACCCCUUCACCAGCCCCCGGCCAGCUCAGCGCGCUCACGUGUGCAUCGAUGGACAACACCUCAUCCAUCCCAGAAGCCCAGCAGUUUGGCAUCUCCAGACACAGUCACAUGGUCCUCAGCAUCAACCCCAACACAGUGAGGAGGAGUUUCUCUCUGGAGCUGUCGGUGCGUACCUAUACCCAGAGUGGUUUGAUCUACUACAUGGCCCACGCCAACCAGAUGGACUACGCCACUCUGCAGCUGCUGGGAGGACAUCUGUUCUUCACCUGUGACAAGGGCAGCGGCCCCGCCACCGCCACCUUCCCUGUGUCCGUCAACGACGGCCAGUGGCACACAGUGAAGACGGACUUCAAUAAGAAGAGUGUGGUUAUCAGUGUCGACGGCCAGCCAUCAACUCCAGUGCCGGCUAAAGGAAACACUCUGGAUGUGGAGAACAAGCUGUAUCUGGGAGGACUUCCCCAGACCUACACCGCCAAGAAGAUAGGCAAUGUGACCCAUAGUUUGGCAGGCUGCAUCCAGAAGGUGUUGCUGAACAGUGUUAAGUUGAACACCCAGAGUCCAGUGUCUGAACAAUCCACUGCACACUGCUUCACCGCAGCCCAGGACGGGACCUUCUUCAAUGGGAGCGGAUACGCUGCUCUGAUAAAGAAUGGUUACAAAGUGGGCUCAGAUAUGGAGGUGUCUCUGGAGUUCCGCAGCACAGUGUCAGAUGGAGUCCUCCUUGGGGUCAGCAGUGCCAAGGUGGACGCCAUCGGGCUGGAGCUAGCCAACGGACAGGCGGUGUUCCACGUGAACAACGGUGCCGGGCGGGUGUCGGCCACUUCGCGGCUGGGCUGGUGGCUGUGUGACGGUCUCUGGCACACCCUGCUGGCAAAGAAGACCAAGAACGCUCUGAGUCUGACCGUGGACGGAGUCACGGUGCUCACCGACAACCCCCACCCCCAGUCCACCUCGGCUGAGACCAAGGACCCGGUCUACGUGGGAGGCUUCCCUGUCGGUGUGAAACAGAACUGCCUGACAUCCAGAAUGCCGUUCCGUGGAUGUAUGCGUAACAUCCGCUUGAUCAAGGGUCACAUGACCAACAUCCUGGACAUCAGUACUGCCUUCACCCUCCAAGGAGUGUCACCCCACUCCUGCCCUAGCACCGCCACAUAACCUUGCCACAACCAUACCAGAACUUUACCAGCCAUACCAAACCAUUCCAUAUCUAACGCUAUGACCAUGUGAUUUGACCAUUGAAAUUUGACCUAUGAAAUGACUUCCAUUUGUAAUGUUUUGUAAAGAAAGAUUGAAGUAAUGUUUGCUCAAUGUGAAAGUGUUUUUUUUUAUCAACCCAUUUUCUGUGUUGGUGUUCAUGUUCCUUUGUGCAUUUUGACUCCCCCAAAUUAAUUGGACAAUAGAAUGUCUUAGUUUUUAUAUGCGAUGUUCUAGAAAAUUUAUAUUUGCUAAUAAAAUACUUUAAAACAUA